AUGGAACUCGAAUCAGGAUGCGGACGAGUCCAUGUAUUGGCCAUUCCUUACCCAAGCCAAGGCCACAUUAACCCAAUGCACCAAUUCUCCAAACGCUUAUCCUCCAAAGGACUCAAAGCAACAUUUGUCACCACCAUCUUCAUCUCCCAAAUCAUGAAACCCGAGUUAACCGGCUCCGACAUCGAUUUCGACAGAAUACCGGACGGCUGCGAUGAAUGCGGAUUCUCAGAAGCCAAGAGCGUCGACAAUUACCUCGUACGGUUGCAAGAUGCCGGGUCGAGAAUGCUAACUGAACUCACCUUUUGCAUCAUCGGGGCUGCUUUUUUCAUGCAUGCAUGUGGCGUGGAUUACAUAUAUUACUAUGCUCACUGUGGGCUUUUGAGUCUUCCGGUUCCGUCAUCUGCAGUGCCAAUCACCAUCCCCAGUUUGCCAUUUCUUGAGCUUCGAGACAUGCCAUCGUUCACCUACGUCGUUGGCUCGUAUUCAUCUUAUUUUGAGAUGGUGUUGAUUCAAUUCUCAAAUGUAGUCCAAGCUGACUUCAUUCUAGUUAACACCUUUUACAAGUUGGAACAAGAUGGUUUAAAGCAAACGAGGUUUGAUUUCUUGUGGGUUAUUCGAUCAUCGGAGAUGGCCAAAGUCCCGGACUGGUUUGCCAAAGAAAUGGGUGAUAAAUCCUUGAUAGCUAACUGGAUUCCCCAAACCAAAGUGCUACCACAUGAGGUCGCGGGGUACCUUUUCACGCAUUGUGGAUGGAACUCGACGAUCGAAGCUUUGUGUUUGGGUGUGUCGAUGGUGUCAAUGCCACAAUGGACCGACCAAACCACCGAUGCUAAGUUGGUUGAGGAUGUAUGGAAGAUUGGGGUUUGA